UAUGGGAUAACUCCGCGACGCGGGAUCAUUUCACUUUGAGACUCAACUCCGCUGUGUACACUCGCCGGUGCGUAUCCGUACUUUCGCCGCGUAUAAAAACUUUACGCCAAAAUGUCAAGUGACAUAAUUAGACCGCGUUACAGAUUCUAUUUUUAAAUGUGCCAGUGAAUUUAAAGUUUUGGCGGCAAAAGACUUUUUAAUUUGGCGGUCACCGAAUUUCGAGUCAAGGAUAUACAAAAUGGAUCCGGAGCUUUUCGAAGAAAUGGAGGUGACGACCGCCCGGUCAUUAGCCACCACUCUCUUCCCAGGACACAGCAAUCUUACCCAGAAUGCUACCGACUUGAACAUGUUCUUUUUCUAUGAUUAUAUUCAGUUUCCGGUGAUGUGGCUGCUCUUCGUGUUGAUAGUUCUCCUAAACGCAUCAGUGAUAGCCGCUCUCCUCUGUACAAAUGCGAGGAAAAGUCGCAUGAAUUUCUUUAUAAUGCAACUUGCGAUUGCUGAUCUGAUGGUUGGCCUGUUAUAUGUGUUCGUGGAUAUACUACAGAAGAUAACAAUCGCUUGGCUGGCUGGAGAGUUUAUGUGCAAAUUCGUGAAAUUUUUACAGGCAGUGGUCAUGUAUGCAUCAACAUAUGUACUUGUUGCGUUAAGUAUAGAUCGGUGCGAUGCUAUCACCAACCCAAUGAAUUUCUCGGGAAGUUGGAAUCGUGCGCGUGCUCUUAUCGCAGCAGCUUGGAUCAUCAGCAUCAUUUUCUCCAUUCCCAUCUUAAUUCUAUAUGAAGUAAAGGAAAUGCAAGGUCAACUCCAGUGCUGGAUCGACCUUGGCACACCACAGCGGUGGCAGGUCUGGGUCACCUUGGUGGCUGCCAUGAUUUUUGUGCUGCCAGCGUUAGCUAUCGCAGCCUGUUACGCUGUGAUAGUUCUCACCAUCUAGACCAAGAGCAAAGCGGUGGUUAUGUCCCCACCAGUUAAUUCUAGAAGAUCGAAGAAUAUGAGAAAUGGACAGGUGGAAUGUGACCCAGAUUCCCGGCGUGCCAGCUCUCGCGGUCUGAUACCGCGAGCCAAGAUUAAAAGCGUCAAAAUGACAUUUGUUAUUGUUUUUGUAUUUGUUCUCUGCUGGUCACCGUACAUCGUGUUCGAUCUUCUCCAAGUAUACCAUCACAUACCUCCGACACAGACCAAUCUGGCAAUCGCUACCUUCAUCCAAAGUCUCGCACCGCUCAAUUCGGCAGCUAACCCAUUAAUAUGCUGCAUGUUUUCUCCGCAUAUAUACAGCAGUUUAAGGCGCGUUCCUCCUUACCGCUGGCUAUGGUGUGGACAAAAACGAAAGCGUCACACGCGUGGUACAUUGCGCUCGCGUUCUGACUCCACAGCGAACUCGGAUCUCCUUAGUUCCACUCAUGCAAGGAGAUCACACACCAUCGCUUCGGCAUUAAAUCGCACAUGCAGUAGCAGCAUCCCAAGAACAGAACAGCGGCGCACCCAACUACUGGUUCUCUUGCCUUCCAAGGACUGACCCAGGCUUUCUGCAGCGCAUGACGUCAUGCUUUAAAAUGUAGACGAUUCUCUUUUUUUAUGUUGUACUAUUUGAACGAUCUUUAAUAAGCAUAGAUGUUGGGUGUUAUUGUUUUGUAUUGUGCCACUUCUUAGGGCAGAUAGUUUGAUGAGCUAUAAAUGAAAUAUAGACAGAACGGUGCUCUUAACCGCUCUUAAACUAUAUUAAAACUUAGAUAAAAUCGUGUCGUUUGCUCGAUUAUUGUUUGAUUUACUGUCAUAAUUAUAUGGGUCUCAGACAUUACAUUUUACACACAUUUUAAAUAAAUAAUUUCUCAAUGGAUUCUAAGGUUUUUUGAAUACUACUUAACUCUAACGUGAAUAUUUUUUUAAUUUGAGUUGAGAGACGUUUAUAGGUUAAGCAAAUAUCAGUUGCCAUGGCAACUGUAAAUCCUAAAAAAAGUUUAUUUAGCAAACUUUUCGAGAGUUUCUAUCGAGUGAACUAUACGCAUAUAAGAAAACUAAGAUUAGUCGUGAAAGUAAUGGAAAUAAAAAAUCAUGGUCGAUUGAAAUGUGUUCAGGAUGCAAUAUCCGAAUUACGCAAAGAUAUGUAUACGUAUGUUCGUAUGUAUAUAGGAUAAGCUGAGAUAGUGCCAAGUUUGUAUAGUUAAAAUGUAUAAAUAAGAUAUUCCGUUGCUCGGUUAGAAAAAUUGCUGCGGAAGUUUUGACUUAAUAUUAAAGAUAAAAAAUAACUCCUUUUGUAAAGUCCUGUACACUGCAGAGUUUGUAAGCUGGUCCUAUUAUACUACAGAGGCUCGUUAUAUGACUGAAUACUGUAUUUAUAAAAAAUACCUCUAUGUGCAACUCUGUCCAUCAUACGUUUUUGGAUAGAUCUAAUAUAAAUGAGUCAUAAUACUAAGUUUUGUAUUAAGUGUUUGUACAAAUGUUAGUAGCAAUAUUAUUCGCAAGAUUCACUGUGUUUUGUAUAUAAAAAAUUGAUACCUACAUAUUUAAUAAAAAAGUCUAAUUCCACCGUUUUAAGUAAAAUACUUAUCUUUUUCAUCACAGCGUAAACACAAUUUGACAGAAAGAGACGAAGAAGUGCUUUAGUUAAAAAAGUGCAAUUAGACUGAUUCAUAUUACACUUCAUGUAGCGCAAAGUUUUCCUUCAGAAUAUUACUGUUAUGUAACGAAAUAAAUAAUUUUAACUUUAUUAGUGUUAUAAGCAAAGUAUUAUGGAAUAGGUAUUGCAUAUUGUAGUUCUGUAUAAUUUUUGCAACAAGGCAAGAUUGAGACAUACACCAUAUUUUUAAGAAUAUUAUUUAUCAUAUAUGAAUUUCAUUGGACAAACAUACAUUUAAAGAAUUUUUAAUUAGUUCUUGCAGUUUAUGUUCCUUGUUAGAAAUAAAGAAUCUUUUGACUAUUUUUGUUUUAGAUUAGUUUUUUAUUACAUAAUGUUUCUAGUCUAGUAGUUUUAUAUUUUAUAUGUCACCUGUAUAAAUGAAUGGGUUGAAUACUACAAUAUUAAUUAAGCAUUUCAAAAUUUCUUGUAAUAAACCCCUACUGAUUGCAUUUCUUUUUCAUUAUUUUUGAAGUUAUAUUAUACAUAACAUGUUAAUAUAAGCAUUUAUAGGUGUAUAAAUUAUGUACAUACUAUGCAUGGAAGUAUAUGUAACGAAAAUGUAUAAUUAUUUUUGUAUUAUAUACCGGACAUAAAAUAU